AUGGCUUGGCCAGGAAAUUUCAACUGGAACAUGCAAGACAAUGCUGGCGCUGGCGUCGACCGCGCUCCCCCGGGCCCGUCCGGCCAAACUGCUUUCAACAGCCCCGAGUUCUGGCAGCGCUGGGUACAGUCGCGAGGCUGGGAGGACUGGAACCAGGACCCUUGGGGCCCUGGUCCCCACGGUCGUCAUGGCCACGGUCAUGGCCCCGGAUUCGGACGCAGAGGCGGAGGACAUGGACCUCGCGGUGGACCUGGUGGGCGACACGCCCGCGGCGCUUCGGAUGCCCACACCCCUGACGGUUCCGACAACGAGGCGUUCCCUCCUGAGUACAUCACAGACGACGAGGUCGCUGCUGCUGUAGCAGAGGGCGAGAAAGACAAGGAGCAGAGGGAGAAGGAGAAAGACAGGGCCGAGAUGGACGUGGGCAGCCCCGAUACUAUGGCGAGGGAUGAGCCUGCUGCAGACGACCCGCCCGAGCAGGUUCCGGAUGAGUCUAGUGGCCGACGACAGCGAGGCUGUGGGCACCGAGGUCGUCGUGGCCGUGGAGGUUUUGGAGGCUUUGGUCACCACGAUCACCACCGUCGCGGCUCUCGUCACCACGGUCCCCCUCCGCCUCCAUUCUUCGGUGGGUUCUUCGGUGGUCCACAGGGUCCUCACGGCCUUGCAUCUCCCUUCCCUCCCUUCCUCCAGGGACUGUUUGGGCCCGGUCCGCAUGGCCCUGGUCCUCACGGACACCCUCACCAACCCCCUCCCCCACCACCGCCACCUCAUGGACCACAUGGCCCCCACGGCCGCGAUGGGCCAGGAGCAGGCUCGCCGCUCGACUUCGGUCCCUGGGCUGCCGCACUAGCGGGUCACCCAUUCGCGCAGCGCAUGCGUGAAUUCCUCGAGCGCGCCCAGGGCGCCAACAACAACAGGACGCGCGGAGCGGGCGAGGGCUCCGGCGACGAAGCCGACGACAACUCGUUCACACCGCCAGUGGACCUAUUCGAGCAGCCGGACAGGUGGGUUCUGCACUUUGCGCUCCCGGGCGCCAAGAAGGAGGACGUGGGCGUCAACUGGGAUGCCGACCGGUCGAUGCUGUCGGUCAGCGGCGUAGUGCACCGUCCCGGCGACGAGGAGUUCAUCAGCGGUCUGGUUAGCGGGGAGAGGACCGUUGGGCUGUUCUCCCGCGAGGUGGGCCUCCCGCCAGCGGGCCAGGAUAAGGGCGACAGCAAGGAGGAGGUCAAUGCUGAGGGCAUUGUUGCUAAGAUGGAGGACGGCGUGCUGGUUGUCACUGUUCCCAAGGUCGAGCGCGGGUGGACCGAGGUCCGGAAGGUUGACAUUGCCUAG